AUGUCGAGCCGAAGAACUCACACCAAGUCAAGGACUGGCUGCAUAAACUGUAAGCGCCGCAAAGUAAAGUGUGAUGAAGCCCGCCCUUCAUGCUUCCACUGCAAGAGACAUGGCGUUCCCUGUAGCUUGUCGAGUCCCAGUAUUGCUGCCGAAUCUCCAAUCGACCUCGGCCGUAGUGCACACUCAGCUCACCUCCCAAACCUAACACCUUCAACCCCAGGAUCCAUCGGGAGCCCUGCAGAUCCCUCCAUCUUUGUCAACCUGAGCCAUCCCAGUCCUUCAGAUCAGAUGGCUCCAUUCCCUCCACAGGAACUCUGGGCCCGUGAUUGCGAACUCAUGCACCACUACUGCACCGUAACCUCCCCCACACUAUCCGUCCGCAAGGACAUGAUACACGUCUGGAACGUCGCUAUUCCCCGGUUAGGCUACCAGAGUCCCUUUGUCAUGCAUGGAAUACUUGCCCUUGCUGCCGCUCAGAAGGCCUAUCUGAUCCCCUCCAGUCGGAGGACAUACCUGCCCUUGGCUGACUAUCACCAAACACUUGGUUCUGAGGGUUAUCGCCAUCAACUGCAGGCCUUGGACAUGUCAAAUUGGAUGCCCGUGUUUGGCUUUGCCUCCGUCGUGGUCCUGCAUAUGCUGACUCUCCCGACACGCAUGGAGAACCACACCCUCGAGUCUCCCCUCACGAAUCUCCUCGAACUUGCCAACCUCCUGAGAGGCAUCAAGACCACUCUGCAGCCUAUAAUGCCUCGAGUUGUGAGGACAGAGUUUGCUCCAGUUGUCUAUGGUGUCUGGCUUCUCGAGUCCGAUGAAAAGUUGGAACCCUGCCCACCCCUCGACAAUUCCCUUCUGCCACCAGAUACCUGGGACGCCCUUAAAAGACUCCGCGCUUUUCAAGAGGCCGAUAUCCCUUCGGGUGGCGUCAGCCAUUAUACACACGCCGUCGGGCAAUUGGAAACCUCCGCAAAGCUCUUCGCCUUUGCUGGCUUGUAUGCAGAGGCGGGAGCCUCCCUCUUCUGGCUGUAUACCAUUGAUGACAGUAUCUUUAUCGACCUUGAUGCCCAAAGGCCUCACGCACUCCUUCUCUUUGCUCACUUCCUCGUCCAUAUGGCAGCGCUCGAGAGAAGCUUUUGGUUCAUGAGGGGUUGGGCCCGACAGGCAAUGGUCAAGAUAGAGGAAGGCUUGAUUGGCCUGCCAAAGUUCCAGAAGUUGCUGCAAUGGCCCAGGGCAAGGAUUUCCGAGGCCCUCGCAUUGACGUAG